ACUGAAUGGUCCAAGAGUGGUCAACAUACUUCCACUACAGAAGUUGAACUAACUGAAAAUGGUGUGAAACAAGCCCAAGACCUUUCACAUUAUGUAUUUGAAAACCAAUGUCAAGAUUUUAUCGAGCCGAAAAAUAUCACUCAGAUUUAUGUGUCUCCACGUAAAAGAGCUCAACAAACUCUUAAUUUAAUCAAUUUACCAAAAAAAGAAACAAUUCCUGUAUUUACUGAGCCAAAUAUUGCUGAAUGGAAUUAUGGCGAUUAUGAGGGAAUUUCAACUCACGAAAUUCAUAAUGGCUGCCCUAACGGUGAAACCGCUCAACAAGUAGCUGCUCGAUGCGAUCAUGUAGUCGCGAAAAUUAUGGCUUAUCAAACUGAA